GCUGAUCAACUUACAGAAGAACAGAUCGCAGAGUUUAAGGAGGCGUUUUCCUUAUUUGACAAGGAUGGUGACGGGACAAUCACUACAAAGGAACUAGGGACUGUCAUGAGGUCGUUAGGUCAAAAUCCGACAGAGUCUGAGUUGCAAGACAUGAUAAAUGAAGUAGAUGCGGAUGGCAAUGGGACGAUCGAUUUUCCUGAGUUCCUUACGAUGAUGGCCAGAAAAAUGAAGGAUACCGACAGCGAGGAGGAAAUCCGAGAAGCUUUCCGUGUGUUCGACAAGGACGGCAACGGUCUAAUCUCCGCUGCGGAGUUACGGCAUGUUAUGACAAACCUCGGCGAAAAGCUGACUGACGAGGAGGUUGAUGAAAUGAUCCGUGAAGCUGAUAUUGACGGUGACGGUCAAGUGAACUAUGAGGAAUUCGUCACGAUGAUGCAGUCGAAGUAA